AUGUCGCCAACUCUCCACCUCUACCACACACCAGGGUCUUGUUCGCUAGCCACUCAUAUCGCACUCCAAGCCUCCGGUCUUCCCUUCUCCACCACAAAUCUCAACGCUGCUCGUGGUUUCCCCGCUUCCCAUCUUCAUCUAAACCCUAAAGGCCGCGUUCCAAUCCUCGAGGUAGAUGGCGAGCUAAUCACCGAAACACCCGCCAUCCUCUCCGUAAUCGCUGCGCUAGUUCCAGAGAAAGGAUUACUGGGAAAAGGUCUGAUUGCGCAAGCGAGAGCACAAGAGUGGAUAAUAUGGCUUUGCGGGACGUUGCAUGGGCAAGCAUUUGGAUGCGUGUUUAGGCCGGGUCGGUUUGUCGGGGACGAAGCAAUGUUUGAUGCUAUACGAGCAAAAGGCCGUGAACAUGUUCGAGAGUGUUUCAAAUAUAUCGAGAAGAAUCUAGAAGGCAAGACUUGGGUGGUUGGUGAUAGUUUUACUGUCGUGGACGCGUAUCUCGUCGUCUUCUACCGUUGGGGCAAUAUGCUGAAGAUGGGUAUGAGGGAGACAUAUCCGAGCUAUACGAGGGCAGUCGAUGGCGUUGUCGCGCAGGAUGAUGUGAAACGAACAAUUGAGAGCGAGGCCAUUAGCGUACUGAAUGAGUAG